AUGGUUCGCGGCCAUAUCAACACCGACGACCAUGAUGGCCGACCUCUCCAGAUCUUAUUCAUGAUCAAGGAUAAGAACCACCAGGAGGAUGUGAUCAAAAAUCUUAGCGCCUACGUAGAGGUUCUCCGAACCUUCGUCACACGAUGGAACAACGGACACGAGGGGUUCAAACCCUACUACUGCUGCUUCACCGUGUAG